AUGGCUCGGAAAAAUAGAAAUGUUAAUAAGUUUGCUCAACGUAAAAGAGACCGAAAGGAACAGGCAAACAAUCCUGAAGAAAAGCCGGUAGCUGAUACACGUAAGCACUACGAAGAUAUAAUUCGGGAGAAUGCUGCAUUCGAAGAGUAUUAUAAGGCUCAGAAAAUUUGUCCAGAAGAUCAGUGGGAAGAUUUCAUGAAAACACUUAAGGAAAACUUACCAACAGCAUUCAGAAUAACUGGCUCAAAAUGUGAAGCUGAUGCAUUAAUGAAUAUUGUGAAAAGUGAAUAUUUCUCUGAGAUUCUUAAUGCCAAAAUUAAAUUAGAGGGAAAGGAUGAUGAAGAGGAAAUAAAACCAGUAAACUUGCCUUGGUAUCCUGGUGGUCUAGCAUGGCAGCUACGUCUCUCACGCACAGACAUACGUAGAAGUGAACCUUUGUACAAGCUCCAUAACUUUCUAGUAGCAGAGACGGCUGCUGGUGGUGUGUCAAGACAAGAGACCGUAUCUAUGAUACCCCCUGUUGCUUUGCAAGUUGAACCCCAUCAUAAGGUACUAGACAUGUGCGCUGCUCCUGGUUCGAAAACUGCCCAACUCAUAGAAUUUUUGCAUGCAGACGAAGACACUACACCAAAAGGUUUCGUGGUCGCAAACGAUGUGGACAAUAAUCGGUGUUACAUGUUAGUGCAUCAAGCGAAGAGGUUGAACUCACCCUGCAUAGUAAUAACCAAUCACGAUUCAGCUGUGAUGCCAUCUCUAGUUGUCGCUGAUGAACAGAACCCUGGAGUAACAAAGCCAUUGAAAUUCGACCGCAUAUUGUGCGACGUGCCUUGUUCCGGAGACGGUACGUUAAGAAAAAACCCUGACAUUUGGCUUAAGUGGUCUACUGGCAAUGGGAAUAAUUUGCAUGGAAUCCAAUACCGUAUCCUCCGCCGAGGCUGUGAACUCCUCUCAAUAGGCGGACGUCUAGUAUAUUCGACGUGUUCCUUCAAUCCCGUGGAGAACGAGGCAGUCGUGCAUCGCAUGCUGCAAGAGGUCGGGGACAAGAUUAAACUUGUGGACGUUUCAGAUCUACUGCCGGGAUUGAAGUUCCAGAAAGGUAUGACCCACUGGCGUCCAGCGUCCAAAGACAUGGUGUUCUAUGACAAGUACGAGGAUGUACCGGAGAAGUGGCAGACUGUGGUCCGUCCACAGAUGUUCCCACCCAAGCCUGAAGACUUAGACAAAUACAAUUUAGAUAGGUGCAUAAGAAUCUUACCUCAUCACCAAGACACAGGUGGAUUUUUCGUAGCCGUGUUCGAGAAGACAGCUCAGUUACCGUGGGAGAAACAAGAGGAAGCCAAACGAAUGGAAAACGUAGAAGAGACAGAGAAGGAGAAAAAAGAACCACCCAAAAAGAAGAGAAGAAUGGGUGGUUACAGAGAAGAUCCAUUUGUAUUCUUCUCAGGUGAAACAGAAGAUGUAUUUCCUUCUAUCAAAGAGUUUUACGAUUUGAAUGAGACUUUUAAUGCAAGCUGUUUAUUGACUAGAUGUCAUAUUGGUAAAAAGAAGAAUAUAUACUUAGUGUCUCCGGCAGUGAAAGAGUUAGUGCAGAAGAAUGAGUCAAACAUUAAAAUUAUUAAUACUGGUGUUAAGACUUUUGUGAGAUGCGAUAAUAAGAACAUGGUGUGUCCGUUCCGAUUAUCACAAGAAGGACUACUGGGUAUAUCACAGUUCGUAGGAGCGAAGCGUCGUCUGAACAUAUUGAAGGAAGAUUUGAUAUUGGUACUACAAAAUGACAACCCCAGUGACCCGCCACAUGUCGACCGAUUCUCGGAACAUACGCAGAAACUUGUUAAGGACUUUGCGACAGGUAGUUGUAUUUUACAAUACAAAGACCUAUCAUCCAGCCUCCAACUAACGCUGGUGGGAUGGCGCGGCGUGCACUCCCUGCGCGCGUACACCGCUACUUCAGACACUGUCCACUACUUACGUUUGCUGGGAGCUGAUUAUAGCAAAUAUGAUGUCAAUAAAUUCAAGAAGGCGACAGAAGUAGAUAAUGAUACUUCAGAGAGUAAAGAAAGUGCUGACGUUACAGAAACUGCCAGUGAAAAUGAUGUCAGUCAAAACACAGUUGAGAAGUGUGAAGAUAAAAUUGACAAUUGUACA